ACCCGCGGAGGGGACAGGGCCGAGGAAGCUGGUUCUGGGGCGGGCCUUGAAGGCCGCGCCAGCCGCCCCUGGCUCCCCCGCACUCGGGGCCCUUGACUGAGGGUCAGACUGAGGCCCUCCACGAUCCGGCCGUCACCCCCAGGACCCGUGCGGGGUUGGGUGGGCAUUGAUGGGUCAGAACUGGGAAGAACCCGAAGUGUGGGUCCUGCCCAACCCCUUCGUUUAGCUUGGGGGACGGCCACGCCCAGAGAGGUUCACCAGCGUGUCCAGGGCCCCCCCCCCAGGACCUAGUGGCGGAGACGGGAUUCGAACCCAGGCCUUGGGACUCCACAGCUCUAUGAUGCCCUCUCCGCGGUGCCGGACAGCUUCUCUUUACCCCAGGACACAGACGUUAGCUUGGGCCCCUGGGUCUGGGUGGGUUCCGGGCUCCUGAAGGCAGCGGCUCGCUCCUUUUGUGCCUGCAUAUCCAGUGUUUGUGGGAUAGAGUGGAGGCGCAGACAGGGCAGGCCAGCGGGUUGUGACGGGCCAGGCUGACCAAGGUGGCUCCAGGGGAGAGACGACAUCAAAGAGGAGGCAUCAGCACGUGCGACUCUGGGUCCUCCUCUGCCCCACCGGAAUGGGGGCUCCUGGACCGCCAGGACCUGCUUUGCACACAGCUAGUGUAGACCGUCUUCACCGUGGAUGGAGCUGUGGCGAUCCAGAAAGAUCAGAGUUCUAGUCUUCCCUCAGACACUUCCUAGCUGUGUGACCCUGAAGAGAAGAUGACAAGUCGCUAAAAGCCGACUAGCCGUUGAGUCCCGAGGGUUCCUCAUGUAGCUGUCUGCUGUCCUGACAGCCCUACUGGCCCGCUGACAGCAGCAUGGCCAUCCCAAUAACCGUCUUGGACUGUGAUCUCUUGCUCUAUGGCCGAGGUCACCGAACUUUGGACCGCUUUAAGCUGGACGAUGUGACUGAUGAAUACCUUAUGGCCAUGUACGGAUUUCCGCGGCAGUUUAUUUACUACUUGGUGGAUCUCCUGGGAGCCAGCCUUUCCCGACCCACUCAGCGGUCCAGGGCCAUCAGCCCAGAGACCCAGAUCCUUGCCGCCCUGGGCUUUUACACUUCUGGCUCCUUCCAGACCCGGAUGGGAGACACCAUUGGGAUCAGUCAGGCCUCCAUGAGCCGCUGUGUUGCUAAUGUCACAGAAGCCCUGGUGGAAAGGGCUUCCCAGUUCAUCCACUUCCCAGCAGAUGAAGCAUCUAUUCAGAGUCUGAAGGAUGAAUUCUACGGGCUGGCGGGCAUGCCAGGGGUGAUUGGAGUAGUCGACUGCAUCCACGUAGGGAUCAAGGCUCCCAAUGCUGAAGACCUCUCCUAUGUGAACCGUAAGGGUCUGCACUCUUUAAACUGUCUGAUGGUCUGUGACAUCAGGGGGGCCCUAAUGAAUGUGGAGACAAACUGGCCAGGCAGCCUACAGGACGGGGCUGUUCUGCAGCAGUCGGCCCUGAGGAGUCAGUUUGAAGCAGGGAUUCGCAAAGACUGCUGGCUCCUUGGUGAUAGCUCCUUCCUUCUUCGCACCUGGCUCAUGACUCCACUUCACAUUCCGGGGACCCCUGCAGAAUACCGCUAUAACAUGGCCCAUUCUGCAACUCAUAAUGUAAUUGAGAAGACAUUCAGGACCAUCCAGUCGAGAUUCCGCUGCCUGGAUGGAUCCAAGGGAGCCCUGCAGUACUCUCCAGAAAAGUCCAGUCACAUCAUUUUAGCCUGCUGUGUGCUCCACAACAUUUCCCUGGAACAUGGGGUGGAUGUGUGGUCUUCUCCAGGGACUGGCCAUUUGGAGCAGCCAGAGGAAGAACAGGAGCAGAUGGAGACCGUGGACUCAGAAGCUGACCGCGUGCGCCAGGAGCUGAUGCUCACUCACUUCAGCUAGUGUGGAGUGGAGAAGGGGGCUCGUCCAAGCCACGAGGCCAUUUCCGCCAGCGUCAGGACACUGGUCAUCCAUUUGUAGUUAAUGUCUGUGUUUUGUGAGAUGCGUCUGCAGAUUUAAAACUAAAUUGAAACCCCGGUUCUGGGCUUUCUGAUGAACCACAGUUUGAAAUUCACUUAUUGCAAAACCAAGUGGCUGGCGAAAGAAGCUCUGGCAUUUAUAUGUACAAAGUAAAAGGGGAAACUAAAGUAAUUAACAGCUAAUUUAAAUCAAUCACAGUGCAGCUUGUGCACCAGUUAUCAGGAUGUUUCUAAUAAAAGUCAAUUUUCUUGCCCUAAAUUAUCACUAUAGUGCUUCUAUUUCUACCUUUUGUUUAGAUGUAGCCAAGGAAUGGGCUGCAAUAAGUUACAGGUUACUAGUUCACUUUACCCAGCCAAGAGAACCUUACCAACUAGGAUAAUUACAGACCCAUAGCAGCCUGGACCUUCCAACUACAAUUCAUCUAGACCAAAUCUCUGUGCACCAAACUUGAAUGUAUUCUCAUGUUCUCCUCCCUUCCCCAUCCUUUUAUGUCAAUGAAGGAGGUUUGAUCAGAGGACUUUGCCAUCUUGUCCUUUCUUUCCAAAGAAAUCUCAUUAAAGGAGUCCCCUUUGCAGCAGCCUCAUGAUUACUAAUAGGGAAACAAAUUUGCCCACUUUGGGGACAGCCUGUACCUGAGUGGAUCAAGGUUUUUAAUGUUAAGAUGCUGCUGAGACAAGACUUGGCCUUUCCCAUCUCUACGUGUCCCUAACACAGCAGGCAAGAGAUGAGAGGGCGAAAAGGGCAACUGAGGAAACUGGGUUCCUCCUGUGGGUUCUGGAAUGUGCCUGGCCUCUCCCCAUGGCAGGGUCAGGGUAAAAAUCCCAUUUCUGGACACCAAAUGAUGCACAGAUUUCCCAGGCAAUAAACAGUCCUCAGCUAAGGCCCUGCUCUAAAAUUAUACCAAUUUAAAAAUAACCUGAUUGGAAUAACAGAUGUGUGAAUGAGGUUCACACGUUCAUGUUUUCACCAGGGACCAAAGGAGCCUUUCCUAAGGCCUCUCUUAACUCCCAGGUUCUUAACAGCCAACCACACGCUGUCUCUGCCUUGUCCUCUUGGUCUGCUCCUAUCUGCUGUCAAGAGUGUCAGUCUGGUGAUUGUCAAAGCAAAGAAACGAACAGCAGAUGACAGAAAAGGGAAAUAAACGGAGUUGACUCACUGCUAGAUUAAAGACAAUGAGGGAUUAUCAUGUGCUGCUUAUUUCCCAUCAUCAUGAUUCCUGCUCUGCAAAGAGUGGGUAUAUUUGGCAGCAAGGCAGGUAUGAGGUUGGGCCUGAUGUGGAUGGGGUCACGAGUGUGGUGACGUCAUCGAGGUGGGGUGAAUAAAUAAAAGAGGAGGCCCAGAGUUUCAGCUCUGUCCUCAUUGUGCAA